UCGUCAUUUUCAUCACACACACCCUUUUUAGUUCAGUUCAGCUACUAGGUUUUCAGUUAAUUAAGGUGUAACCAAGAGGAACAUUAAUUAAGGAAAAGCUAUGUCUGGUGUGUCUCUAGCUGUGACUGGUGGUGGAAAUGAAACAGAUAAAAGGCAAGAACAUGGAAGCAUGACAAUGAUGGGUUCAUUACGUGUAAUAGAGCUACAACUUGUAGCUUUUGUAUUGGUUUUCUCAGCAAGUGGUCUUGUCCCUCUUCUUGAUCUACUCUUUCCUGCCUUUGUCUCAAUCUAUCUGUUGGCACUUUCACGUUUUGCUUUUCCCUCAUACCGUCGUGGUGUGUCUCAAUCUAUUUUCCAUGGAAGUAAGCUUUUUCAAGCUUAUGUUAUUGUAGGAACAAUAGUUGGAUUGUUCUUGCCUUUGGCUUAUGUGUUGGGUGGAUUUGGCAGAGGAGAUAAACUUGCUGUGAAAUCUGCAAGUCCACACUUGUUUUUAAUCUCUUUUCAAAUACUCACUGAAGAUAUAAUAAGUGGGUUGUCAGUGUUUUCACCUCCAGUUAGAGCAUUGGUGCCUUUGAUUUAUACAGUAAGAAGAAUCUUUGUGGAUAUUAAUUGGAUACAUGAUGUUUGGCUCAAUGUGACUUUGCCAGCAAAUCCACACUUUAAGGAUAAGGCAUGGUUUUGGUUUGGGAGGGUUCUGUCUAUGGCUAAUCUGGUUUAUUUCUCCAUCAAUCUUUUUGGGUUUUUGAUUCCAAGGUUCCUUCCAAGAGCAUUCAAGAGGUAUUUCCAAGAGAGGGGAGAGAUUUAUGCUAAGGCUGCUGAGGACAAGCCACAUGGGAUCAUCCACAAAUCACAUGUACCAGUACUAAUGAAGAAAACAACAAAUCUAUGUCUUUAAUUUGUCCAACAUCUAAUAUAAGCAAUUUUUCUUUGUUAUGU